AUUUCCUUCUCUCCGUCCAUCCAGCCAUGGAGUCCUCCGGUAUCUCUACUUCUGAGACGACAAAAAAAGUUUCUGGGGCAAAACCCUCAUCUUCGCCUUUCGGUCCCUUCAGGUCGAAGAAGAUAAUCAAGUCGAUUUCGGAAUCGGCUUCGUCGGAUGAAGCUCAAGCAGCAGAUCCGCAUCAAUGGAGCUUAAAGACACCGGAGAAGCCGACGCAGCUCCCUCGCCGGAUCAGAAAUCAAGGUUUUGCUCUUUCGGUAAAGGAAGUAAAGAAGAUAGCUCAGGGGCUCCGGAAGAAGACGAAUACAGAUGCACCAUCUGAUCAACUCAAUCGGAACCGGAUUGGGACAAGCACAAGUCUCUCGUCUGAAUAUGGAUCGAGCGACAGUGCGGUCGGUAAAUCUUCCAAGACCGAAGCAUCGACUAAACUUCCUGAAAAGUAUGAGAUGUUGGCCGAGUUUUUUGACAGUAUGGAGAGUUCAAUCCGGCUGCUUCGCUUGAAAGGAUCACUGUCGACGUUUACAAACAUUUCACCAAAAAUUGAGGCCCUAACAGACCGGAGGUUUUCCUAUGGCCAUUUAGCUCAAUUGAAGUACAUUUUACCUGGAGCUAUUAUAACAAAGAAGGUUCUAAUGCACGAUGAGGGAACACUGUGCAUGAAGCCAGAACUUCAAGUUACUCUUCAAACAGAUGCCUUUGAAAAUGAUGGGAAGCGUAAGGUCGGAAGUGGGCAUCUGAACUUGAGGAAGGUUUUCCGUGAAAGGCUUUUAGAUUUCUUCAAAGCCCAUCCGGAGGGAGAUGACAUUCCAGAGGAAGUGUUGCCGGAGCCAUUCAAUCAAAAGAAACAGAACAUACUUCAAAGUGCUAUCAAGACCUGCAACCCCACAUCAUCUAAUGUUCUUCAAGAACAUCUCCCAGAAAGAGCGGCUCACCUUUCUCAGUCUUUCCAGAGGCGCUUUUCACAGAAAGUUCCCAUGUCUAAAACAGAGCAUAAUCACCUACAACAACAUAUCGCUCCUCCUGAACCUUCAGAUUUACCAGUCUUAAACCCAUGCCUCAAAGAAAGUUCUUCCACUGAGGAGCCUCGAACUUCUGCUGCUCUGUCACCUUUUAAGUAUUCUUCAAAACCACUGACCAGUGAAAGAUUAUCAACAUUUUGUGCUUCUCCAUCUAAAUCAAACCCCUCCAGCAAUAUUGCAGAAGUGGGCAAAAAGACAGAACUUGUGAGGAAUGAAGACUGUUCUUUGACAGAAACUGUUGGUACCCAAGGGACUCCUACAAAACUUGAUUCAACUCCAGCCAAGCUGAUCGUCACACCCACAUUGCAGACACCAAAAAGAUGUCGAAUGAGCCCUGGUGAUGAUUUGGCUAACUCAUUGAACAAGUUGGUCAGGCGUCCAAAGCGAAGUAGAUCUUUGAAAUUUGAUACUCCCGUAAAGAAAGCAAAGACCGAGGAAGAGACAAAUGAGACAAGGGGGUCAUCUAUUGAUAAGGAUAUUAUAGAAAUUCUUCCAAAGGCACUUCUGCAAUCGAUACGAGAUAAAGAAAGAAAAGCAAAGGAGGAGAGGGAUGCAGGAACCUGUCGAGCAAAAAGGCGGCAACAAAUGAUUGCAUGCCUACCCAAGCUGUUUGACAUGAUCCACCUAAUAUUUCAGUCAGCUAAGCGUUCUGUUAUGACAAAGGAGGAGCUUAUGCACAAGAUAAUUGCCAGUCAUUGUGAUAUAACUGAUAAAAGAGAAGUUCAAGAGCAGCUGAGCUUGAUGGAAGAACUAGUUCCAGAUUGGAUUUCAGGGAAGGUGUCAUCUAGUGGAGAUUAUAUAUUCUGUGUGAAUAAGAAUUCAAGUCCCCUGUCAAUACGCCUUAGACUUUCCGAAGCUGAGUGAGAAUGAGCACUGAACACUGAUUGAAAUUCAGUAGUUGUUCUCAAGAGACAGGGCUGGUGAUAUUUGGUGGCAGAAUUCAGAUGUCCAAAGUAGCGGAAGACAAAGUGAUCUACAUUGACCAAAUAUCCAAUUUAAUUUAACUACCACUGAUCUCACCCCUCUAUGUGGGUCUAUUUGUAAAUAAUUGUCUUGCUUCUUUUCCAUUGAUGUACAGAAAACCUGUGAGAGUGAUGCUUGCUCUUAACUAUGUAUUCAGUUUGGUUCAUUGUAAAUGCCAAAUUUACCCACUAGGCCACUAAUAUUCUAUUCA